AAAUAAUUGGCAAUGACAUGACAAUACUUUUCCACUAAAUACCACUCUCUUAAAGUGAGGUUAGUUUAAAGUUGAACGCGAAAAUUCUUUUUCGAAAUGUUUCCACAGAAAAAUCAUUAUUUACAUAGUGCCAUUGGACACCCGACCUUAAGAGAGUGGCAGUCGAUUAAUCAUCAAAUUACACCAAAAAAUUUAAUGUAUCCCAUAUUCGUUAUUGACGAAGAGAAUGAGGAACAACCAAUUGAUGCCAUGCCUGGAGUGUCCCGUUUUGGAAUUAAUCGUUUAAGGGCUCAUCUUGAGCCGCUUGUUGCAAAGGGAUUAAGCUCGGUGCUGUUGUUUGGUGUUAUUUCACAAUUACCAAAAGACGAUCAAGCAUUCCAUGCUGAUUCCAAUGAAAAUCCCGUGAUAAAGGUCAUUCCUAAACUUAAAGAGUGGUUUCCCGAACUUCUAAUUGCUUGUGAUGUCUGCCUGUGCCCUUAUAUGUCUCACGGUCAUUGUGGUGUCUUACACACAGAUGGCACUAUAAAUAAUUCCCUAAGUAUUAAGCGUAUUGCAGAAGUGGCUGUUGCUUAUGCAAAAGCAGGUGCACAUGUAGUUGCCCCAUCUGAUAUGAUGGACGGCCGAGUGGGAGCAAUUAAAGAACUCUUGAUAAAAAAUGAUUUGGUUCACAAAGUGGCAGUGUUAUCAUAUGCAGCAAAGUUUUCAUCGACAUUCUAUGGACCUUUUAGGGAUGCAGCAAAAUCUAAACCGGCAUUUGGGGAUCGCAAGUGUUACCAGUUGCCACCCGGUGGGGAAGGACUAGCUUUACGUUCCACUACUCGAGAUAUUCAAGAGGGUGCAGAUAUGCUAAUGGUCAAACCAGCUCUCGCCUUUUUAGACAUUGUAAAACAGACAAAACAAACCCAUCCGGAAUAUCCACUGUUUGCGUACCAAGUAUCGGGUGAAUACGCAAUGAUCUAUCAUGCUGCACAAAAAGGGGCCUUCGAAUUAAAAGUCGCACUGCAAGAGAUAUUGUUGUCUAUGAGGAGAGCAGGGGCCUUGUGUCUUAUGGCCUGCGUACUGGCCAAAGACGAUAAGAAAGAAAAGGAAGAAGUUGGAACUGUUAUUGGGAUCGAUUUAGGAACAACGUACUCAUGUGUCGGUGUUUACAAAAACGGCAGAGUGGAAAUAAUUGCCAAUGACCAAGGUAAUCGCAUCACGCCCUCAUACGUAGCAUUUACGGCCGAAGGCGAACGAUUGAUCGGUGAUGCGGCAAAGAAUCAGUUGACAACGAAUCCCGAAAACACAGUGUUUGAUGCUAAACGUCUAAUUGGGCGUGAAUGGACCGAAACCACAGUACAAAAUGAUGUCAAAUUCUUCCCCUUCAAAGUGAUAGAGAAAAACUCCAAGCCCCACGUUAAGGUUUCGACGUCUCAGGGUGACAAGGUGUUUGCAGCCGAAGAGAUUUCCGCCAUGGUGUUGGGUAAAAUGAAGGAAACCGCAGAGGCGUAUUUGGGCAAAAAGGUGACCCAUGCUGUUGUAACUGUUCCUGCUUACUUCAAUGAUGCUCAACGUCAAGCUACCAAGGAUGCGGGAGUAAUUGCCGGUCUUAAUGUAAUGAGAAUUAUUAACGAGCCUACUGCUGCCGCUAUCGCUUAUGGUUUGGACAAGAAGGAUGGUGAAAAGAAUGUACUUGUCUUUGAUUUGGGUGGAGGUACUUUUGAUGUCUCCCUCCUUACCAUUGACAAUGGUGUAUUUGAGGUAGUUGCAACCAAUGGAGACACCCAUUUGGGUGGGGAAGAUUUCGAUCAAAGAGUAAUGGAUCAUUUCAUUAAGCUGUACAAGAAGAAGAAGGGCAAAGAUGUUCGCAAGGAUAAUCGUGCCGUACAAAAAUUACGUCGUGAAGUUGAAAAGGCCAAGCGUGCUCUUUCAUCUGCUCACCAAGUCAGAAUCGAAAUUGAAUCGUUCUUCGAAGGCGACGAUUUCUCAGAAGCACUCACCAGAGCGAAAUUUGAGGAGCUCAACAUGGAUCUCUUCCGUUCGACCAUGAAGCCUGUACAAAAAGUUCUUGAAGAUGCCGACAUGAACAAGAAAGACGUAGAUGAAAUUGUUUUGGUAGGUGGAUCCACUCGUAUUCCUAAAGUACAGCAACUCGUCAAGGAAUUCUUCGGAGGCAAAGAACCAUCUCGCGGUAUCAAUCCUGAUGAAGCUGUCGCUUACGGUGCCGCUGUACAAGCCGGAGUGUUAUCUGGGGAACAAGCCACCGACUCAAUCGUCCUACUCGAUGUAAACCCCUUAACAACCGGCAUUGAAACCGUAGGAGGUGUCAUGACCAAACUCAUUCCACGUAACACUGUCAUUCCCACAAAGAAAUCUCAGAUAUUCUCCACCGCAUCCGACAACCAACACACCGUAACCAUCCAAGUUUACGAAGGAGAACGUCCGUUGACUAAAGACAAUCAUUUGUUGGGCAAAUUCGACUUAACUGGCAUACCACCGGCACCUAGAGGUGUACCACAAAUUGAGGUAACAUUCGAAAUCGACGCCAACGGUAUUCUACAAGUAUCCGCCGAAGAUAAGGGAACCGGAAACAAAGAAAAGAUUGUAAUUACAAACGAUCAAAAUCGUCUCACACCCGAAGAUAUCGAUAGAAUGAUAAAGGAUGCCGAAAGAUUCGCUGAUGAGGAUAAGAAACUUAAGGACCGUGUCGAAUCUCGCAACGAACUUGAAAGUUUCGCGUAUUCGCUUAAAAAUCAACUUAGCGAUAAGGAAAAAUUGGGAUCAAAGAUAUCCGACGAUGAAAAGAGUAAAAUGGAAGAAGCAAUCGAAGAAAAAAUUAAAUGGCUCGAAGAAAAUCCCGAAGCAGAGGCCGAAGAUUAUAAGAAACAAAAGAAAGAGCUGGAAGAUGUAGUCCAACCGAUUAUCUCCAAGUUAUAUCAAGGUGCAGGCGGUCCACCACCACCAAGUGGCGAGGAUGAUGAUCUUAAGGAUGAAUUAUAAAGUUCCAAGACUGAUUUAUAAACUUAUUUAAUACUAGCCCAAGUGAGAUGUGUGAAUGGACAUGUGUGAACAGUUUAGUCAAAUGUUUUUCGUUUUAAGUGGUAAAAACCCUGUCUCUCAACAACUGAAGAAGAAUUUUAUAUU